AUGUCCACCAACAAGAAGAUGGUCUCUACCAUCCUUACUUCCAUUCAUUCUGCCUUUCGGCAGCUAGAUCUGCUGGAGCAACUGAAGGGAGUUGAUAGCUCCAGGGAGCGUAGAUCUUUGAAGCGAGCAAGAUAUUGGUUAAGGACAGUCAAACUGUUUGUUCUUUCUGCCAGAAAGUUGGGAAAUGAUGCAAAUCUCAUGUCUUUCUUGAUAAAGGUUCGGGAAGCUGUUGGCAAACUUGCAAAGCAUGCAAAUAGUAUUCGUCGUCAUUGCCUUGGUUAUGAAGAUCCCAUUGACGACGUUCAAGAAGGCCUGGAUUCUAUCUUGGAGGAAUUUGGUGAGUGGUACGGUACUCUCUUGAAUACCCCGGCGCAGUCAACUUUACUCAGGAAAGAUGAAAUCUUGGAAAUCAUGGACUCCUUCCUAGAGAAUCUCGUGGAAUUCCCCAAAGUUGAAGCUAAAUCUUCCGUCCCUACUACUCUGCUAGAUGCCAUGAAUACCUUGGGAGAGCAGAUGUCAUUCCUGAAAAGUCUCAUCCUUUUUGUCACACAGACACAAGGUAACAAUGAACUCGAAGAACAUUUGUCGUCUCAUGUCAGAGAUGUUGCUAUCUGUGCUGGAUAUCUCCUCACAUUUGCAUCUUAUAACUGUGAUAAUGAAAAUCUUGAAGAACUAUUGUCGGGGAUUGAAACAUUGGUGGACUCUAUCAAGCCUAUUCAUCCAGAAAGCUGUGAGGCUUACAUUGACGCCCUGAAUAGCUUGAAGCAGGCAGGACGGUUACUUGAUGCUCCCACUGAUCAAGGAACGGAUGACAAAGCCCUUACAUCAACAAAGAAUUUCAUUGAUUCUCUCAUACUAUGCCAUGGGACAUGUUGUCAUCCGAUAAUAUCUGUGCUGGAAGAUACAGAAUUAGACCUCAGUAUGCUUCAUGAUUUGUUAGAAGCAAUCACGAACGUGUUGGCGAAACUUGGUCAUAAAGAUUUACAAGUAUCAAUGUUUAGUCAAUUGGGCUUUUUUGACUUUUUAUUAGGAAAAAUGAUGGAGCAUAUGAAUAGCAAUGCUGAACAAUCUGCCAAGAGUCAAGCUCAAAGUAUUAGAGAGGAACUCGUCCCCGUGGCAUACAAAGUAGAGGACCUCAUCGACUACACCAUUGUUGGCGAUCUUCCAGAUUCUCUAUCAGCAUCGUUUGACACUAUCAUGGAAGACAUCAGCAAUAUUGAGUCGGAAAUCAAAGUCAUCAACGGGCCAGAAAUCAAAGUGAAGAAAGUAGCCGAGACUCACAGCCGUAUGAAAUCAACAACUCCCUCAAUGUCAAAGGAAAUUGUAGGCUUUCACAAGGAGGCAAACUCAAUCACUAAUCGGCUCAUCAGGGGAUCGAAGAAACUGCAGAUAGUUACCAUCGUGGGUAUGCCUGGAGUAGGCAAGACCACUUUGGCUGAAAAAGUUUAUAACGAUCCAUCUGUCUCGUACAAUUUUUGUGCUUGUGCAUUCACUACAGUUUCUCAGACAUUUGACAAAAUGAGAGUGCUGAUCGACCUCUUGAAACAGGUUUCCCCGGACAAACAUUCUAAGAUUACUCCUGAGAUGACCGUUGAUGAUGUAUCACACCAGCUGAGGCAGAUUUUGAAGCGCAGGUCAUAUCUCAUCCUUUUGGAUGAUAUUUGGGAAGGUGAAGUAUGGCAGCGUUUGCUACAAUGUUUCCCUGAUGAUUCUGUGGGAAGUAGAAUAUUGUUAACAAGUCACUGUCAUGAUGUUGCUCAUGAACCACAUGAACUCAAAGAGCUUAAUAAGGAUGACAGCCUAGAAUUAUUGCAAAGGCAGUUAUUCGGUGAAAAUGGUUGGCCGGUCGAAUUAGGUGAUCUUGGGAUGAAAAUUGCUGAUGUUUGCUGUGGAUUACCUCUCACAAUUGUCAUUGUAGCUGGGAAAGCCAAAGAUGAACAUCUUUUCCAGUUCUUAGAAGGAGGAUAUAACGAGUUGUCAGAGUUUAAUGAACCACGAUAUGCACGGAGGCUAUGCAUUCACUCUCGUGUGGAACAUUUUAUAAAGUCCAAACUGUAUUGUUCUCGUAUUCGUUCCCUUCUUUUCAAUAAUACGAAGAACGAAAUAGUAAAGCAAGAUAUCUCAUUCAUAAUGGAAACCAGCAGACUUCUAAGAGUGUUGGAUUUGGAGAAAAUUUGUCUAUCACACGGGAUCCCUAGUGAAAUUGGUCUACUUGUUCAUUUGGCUUACCUAGCAAUUGGAGGCAACAUAUCGGAGAUCCCACCAUCAAUAGAAAUUAAAGCAUUUUUACGGAAAGGGAGAUUCUUUUGCUGUUUUGCCUGUGGAAAAUUUUGA